UUAUUAAUCAGCUCCUUUUUGAGUUGCUGGUUUUCCAGCUCCUGCCGCAAGAUCUCGUUCCUCGCUGACUGCCUUCCCUGCGUACUCGCAGACUCCUCCCUCCCCGACUCUCUCUCUUGCGAGCCCGAAGGGGACAAUACCUGCGAGUACGAAGGGGACGGUGAAGACGAAGGCGAGAGAGACUCAAGCCUUCUGCGCUUUACUGCCCUCUGGCCGACCUCCACCCCUUCUUUCAAUCCCACAAUCCUUGGCCUCUCCGCCAGACUUUCCCCUCUCUUUCAUCAAGGCACUCCCGUAUCUCUUACUUUAAUUUCAUCUUUCAUCUUCUGCUUCACCUGCCGCUCAUUUCUCUUGGCCCCACCUAGUGCGAUGAAGUCUUGCGUCAACUCGGCUAUCACUCACUCUUUUUUUUUGACCUGCGAUCAGAUGCGAUCUGCAGUGAUACUUCUUAUCGCGGAAACAAUAUUGCCUACAAACAGCCCCUCCUUCGACAUCCCUACGACUGAAUGAUGGUUGUCUGUUGUCUGCAUAUCUUUCUAGUAUGAGCUUAACCUCCACCUCCCUGAAAGGAAUUGCAGCUUCACUUUCGCUGUAUUCUUCGCCCUCCUCCUUAUAACGCGCUCCUGGUUAGCAGAUGACGACGACCCGAACAACUCUGACACCCAAUCUUCCUCAUACUCCAUCCCGGCUUAAGUUGCAGAAUAUAUUUCCACAAAAAGCAAGUAGGUCGUUGAAGUAAAAUAAUACAGAGACGUGAAGAAUAAUAAUCGAAAAUUUGCACGGCAAACACCAAAAAAUCGAGAACAGCCUGAAGCAAUCAGGAUGUUUAUAAACGUUAAGGGCAAGAAACAAUAUUCACAUCCGUAG